UGAUGAACGUUCAAGAUCGAACGAAGACAGCUCGGCACGUUUGUAUUGCUUUAGUUAGAAAGGGAUUCGUAUCUAUCAACAUUUUGCAAUAUUUUUUCCCUGUGAAAUUUUCCUUCACUCUAGAAUGCCUCCUCCGAAAGCCAGAUUGCACAAAACAACGGGAAAGCUGAAAACCAUUCCUAAAGUGCCGCAAUCGGUUGUAAACCAGACACCAUCGAGUUCGUCUCCCGGAACACCACAAUCCGUUAGCAGUCCACCGGAAGUAGAUCGACAAUUUGAACUAGAACUCUACUGGUGCAUCCAGCAGCUGGAGAAUUCACUGAACGCGCCUCACAUGAGAGAGAAUAAAAAGAAAACUGAUGAUACCUUAAAACUAAUAAACACUCUCAAAUCAGCAAAUCAACCGCUGAUCAAAAAACGCCAAAUAAUGCGGUCAACUUUCGGUGAUUAUCGCACCAAAAUGGCAGAGGAAGAAAAAACGAUGGCUCUCAAUCCGGAAAGUGUACGAUUCGACGCGCCCAAAAAGAAAGCCAAGUAUCAUUUCGUCAAAAAAGCCGCAAUCUUCAGCGAAGAUAAUAAAGAAUUUCGUUUCAACUUUGCCAACAUCCAACUGGAUGAUGGGGAGGCCCAACCAGAAGAGAAUCAGCCAUCGGAACCCGUCCUGCCUCGCAAAGAACUUAAGGUUAGAGUCAUCCCACCAUCGGAUAAUUCGUUUAGAUUUAAUUUUAACGUGGAAGAUUAGGUAAGGCCUUUCGAUUUAAUGAAUAAAAUACCAUGAACACA